AUGCCUGACCUCACCAUUAAGUGCAACAUAUGCUCUGGGAGUACCAGUUGUGAAACAUCGUUGUCAGUUUCGGAAAGAGGGAAAUUAUAUGAUGUGAACCGACGGGCAGGGUACCAUUCUCUGGAAACAGGAAGUGGUUAUGAAGGGCUUGUUCCCCUUUGUAGUAUCAUGAACAUGCCAUGCUUGUCAUUACCAUUUUACCACAAAAUGGUUGAUACGAUUCUUGUGGUCGUUGAAGCAGAAGCCCACGAAGAAAUGCAACUGGAAGGUCAAAAGGUCCAGGACUUCAUCUCCAAAGAAAAUAGAGAGCAAGUUAAUGAUGACACUGUUGUGGACACAGCUGUUUCUUUUGACAAGACUUGGGCGAAGUGCGUGUUAUUGCAUUGGAUACAGGGGAAGGUCUAGACUACCAUGUCUUCUCAAAAGAGUGUCGAAAGUGUGUGAUGAAGAGAAGUGAGUGUAGUGUCAUCAUGGUAUGAAGGUUGUACGGUGGCAUCUGCUGUAUGUCACUUUCAUAGUGGAGCUUCCUCUAGAUUAACAAUAAUGGACAGACUUUCUAUUUCUGGAGGAAAGUUCACAAAAAUGUCAUCAGCCAAAAAAGAUAAAAGGAGAGUAAAGAAAGCAGAUCGACAGGCCACAGAGAAAGAAAAGAUGUAUCGGCAAGCAAUCAAACAGAGAAAAGUGAUGCGUGAAGAGGCAUCUUUGGAGGCUGAGGGUGUCACUUAUGAAGCAGAAGGCUUCUAG